AUGGCCUCCCGAGUGAAACCACUCGUCCCUCCCAAGAUCCUCCUGGAGGGGGUGGACGAGGUUAUCGUCAGCAAUGUGGAGGAAAUAACUAACAGGCAGUGCUGUGAAGCUCUGUUCAAUGUCAACAACAGCAACAACAAUGAAGAGAAGAAAGAGAAGAAGGACAAAAAGGAAAAGAAGGAGAAGAAGAAGGACAAAGAGAAAGAGGAGAAAGAGAAAGAAGAGAAAGAAAAAGAGAAGGAGAAGGAGAAAGAGAAGGAGAAAGAGAAGGAAAAGGAGAAAGAGAAAGCCAAGAAAGAGGAGCCGAAGGACAUCGUGGUGUUUGACCCUGCGGGGAACAUGUACUAUAACUGGCUGUUCGUCAUCACCUGUCCCGUCAUGUACAACUGGGUACUCAUCAUAGCCAGAGCCUGUUUUGAAGAACUGCAGCACGAUUAUCUGAUAUACUGGUUUAUCUUAGACUUCACGUCAGACCUGGUUUACCUGGCAGACAUGGUCUUCAGGACACGCACAGGCUAUCUGGAGCAGGGUCUGCUGGUGAAGGACGAAAAGAAGCUGCGGGCACGCUACAUGGACAGCGCCCAGUUCAAGCUGGACCUCGUCUCCAUGAUCCCGACGGACUUCCUGUACUUGAUCUUUGGAUUGAAGUACCCGGAGAUCCGGAUGAACAAGCUAUUCCGGGUCAACCGGCUGUUUGAGUUCUUCCAGCGAACGGAAACCAGGACCAACUUCCCCAACGUGUUCCGGAUCUCCAACCUCGUCAUGUACAUCGUCAUCAUCAUCCACUGGAACGCCUGCCUCUACUACUCCUUCUCCAAGGCCAUCGGCUUCGGCAACGACAGGUUCGUCUACCCGGACACUUCUGACCCCGAGUUCGGCCGCCUGGUCCGGAAGUACGCCUACAGCAUGUACUGGUCCACCCUCACCCUCACCACCAUCGGCGAGACUCCGCCCCCCGAGAAGGACUCCGAGUACUUCUUCGUGGUCACAGACUUCCUGGUGGGCGUGCUGAUCUUCGCCACCAUCGUCGGUAACGUCGGCUCCAUGAUCACCAACAUGAACGCGGCCAGAGCCGACUUCCAGGCCCGGAUCGACGCCAUCAAGCAGUACAUGAGCUUCCGGAAGGUCUCCAAAGACCUGGAGAAGCGCGUCAUCAAGUGGUUCGACUACCUGUGGACCAACAAGAAGGCGGUGGACGAGCGUGAGGUGCUGAAAUACCUGCCGGACAAGCUGAGGGCCGAGAUCGCCAUAAACGUCCACCUGGACACACUGAAGAAGGUGCGGAUCUUCGCGGACUGCGAAGCGGGGCUGCUGGUGGAGCUGGUGCUGAAGCUCCAGCCGCAGGUCUACAGCCCUGGAGACUACAUCUGCAAGAAGGGCGACAUCGGCCGAGAGAUGUACAUCAUCAAGGAGGGGAAGCUGGCCGUGGUGGCGGACGACGGCAUCACGCAGUUCGUCGUGCUGAGCGACGGCAGCUACUUCGGAGAGAUCAGCAUCCUCAACAUCAAGGGCAGCAGAGCCGGAAACCGCAGGACCGCCAACAUCCGCAGCAUCGGCUACUCCGACCUCUUCUGCCUGUCCAAGGAUGACCUGAUGGAGGCGCUGACGGAGUAUCCAGAGGCCAAGGCCAUGCUGGAGGAAAAGGGACGGCAGAUCCUCAUGAAGGACAACCUGCUGGACCUGGAGGUGGCCAAGCAGGGUCCAGACCCCAAAGACAUGGAGGAGAAGGUGGUGAGGAUCGGCUCGGUUCUGGAGGACCUGCAGACCCGCUUCGCCCGCCUGCUCGCUCAGCACGAGGCCGUCCAGAGCCGCCUGAAGAGACGCGUCACCAAACUGGAGACCAAGAUCACCACGUCCGCCGGAGUGGUCUUUUCUGAGAUGGUCCAGCCGGAACAGGACGCUGCACCUCCACCUGCAGAGGAGGAGAAGAAGGAGGAUGAGAAAGGGGAGGAGAAAGGGGAGGAGAAGAAGGACGGAGAUGAGCAGAAGUAG